AUGGCAAACAGCUCCGGCAGCGAUGUGGAGGCCGGAUUCGCGAAGCUUCAGGGCGAGGACUUCGAGUACUACAUGCAGACCUACUCCAUCAUCCUUGGCCGCAACUCCAAGAAGUCCACCGUCGACGUCGACCUCUCCUCCCUCGGUGGUGGCAUGAACAUCAGCCGCCACCACGCCCGCAUCUUCUACGACUUCCAUCGCCGCCGCUUCGCCCUGGAGGUGCUCGGCAAGAACGGAUGCCUCGUCGAGGGCGUCCUCCACCUACCUGGCAACCCUCCUGUCAAGCUGGACUCGCAGGACCUUCUGCAGAUUGGGGACAAGGAAUUCUACUUUCUGCUUCCGGUGAGGAGUAUUCUAGGGGGCCCGAUCGGCCCCAGGCAUCACGUGGCUAAUCAUCAUUAUCACGAUGGUCAUCAGAGUCGGCAUCAGCAGCAGCAGCGUCAUUUAGGUUUGCCUCCAGUUUUGGGUGGUGGAGUGUAUGGGAAGAAGGGUAGAGUGAGGGAAGAGUAUUAUGAGGGAGACUAUAAUGAGGAGGAUGAGCUGGGGAGGAGGACGAGGAGGAUUGAAGCAGGGGCUCCCGGGCAAUUGGAUAAAAACGUUGAUGGACGAUCACGGGUUAACAGGGAAGCUGACAACAAUCAGCUCCUUCAGUUAGAGGAAAAGGAUGUUGUAUCAUCAGUGGCUACUGUCCUGUCAGAUUUAUGUGGUCCUGGAGAAUGGAUGCCCAUGGAGAAACUUCAGUCUGAGUUGAUGGAACAAUAUGGGAAUGUCUGGCAUCAUAGUCGUGUGAGGAGAUACCUCACAUCCGAGGAUUAUUCAGUCCCUGAGGCCCAAGAAAAGCCAUGGUAUGGACUCCUUGUUCUGUUAAGGAAAUACCCGGAGCACUUUGUGAUCAACACAAGAUCGAAGGGCCGAAUCACACAGGAGUUCGUCUCUCUUGUCUCACUUAUCUCAUGA